AUGUGCCUUUGUUGGAAAACUGCGCAAAAUGACAAGUUAGAGCCAGUUUUCUUUGAGGGACAAAUGCCAUUGGACUUUCUACAAGAUCUAAUUUGUUCAUGUAUUUUCGGCAGAAACACAAAGCUGUACUGUACCAAAACAACAUAUGGUGGAUCAGGAUCCUGGCCACGUGGAAAUUAUUGUACUGCCAGGAAAGGAGGUUCCUGUCCUUCAGGAUUCAGAACUGGCAUUAUAUAUUGGGAUGACGAAGACCACAAUAAUGCAAACUCAAAGAAAGGAAUUCUUCCAGAUGGAACCUAUAAUAGAUACACAAGGAUAUACUACUGUUGCAGAUCUGAUGGACCUUCCUACAGAAGCAUAGUAUUACCAACAAGUAAGCCCUUCUAUCUGUACCAUUACACAUCAACAUUAUGUCAGCGCGUGCGUGGAAUAAGCGCACGUGAGGAAUUCGUGAAAACAGAUGACAAGGAUACUCAUAACUACAGUGCCGAUGGUGGCAGUCAUCCAAAGAAAAUUGAGACAACCAGAAUACAAUACUGUUAUUAUUCUUCUCUUCAAUUGUUGUCAUCAUAA